AUGGUAUUCUUUUGUUGUGACAAAUGUGGCGAAUCGUUGAAGAAAAAUCAAGUCCAGAAACAUCAUUAUGGAUGUCGGUCUCAUUCCUAUUCUUGUUUCGAUUGUCAGAAAGUUUUCAACAUUGAUUCGUACGCGGAUCAUUUGAAGUGCAUAACAGAAAAUCAGAAGUACGGCGGGAAAGGCUACAUCGAGAAAGUUAAUAAGGGUGAAGCCAAGCAAACAGCCUGGGUUGACCUAGUCGAACGAGCAACUGAAGCCGUCAAAGAUCCCAAAUUGAAAAAUCUACUCGUCAGCAUCUCCGGUUUUGCCAAUAUUCCACGAAAGGAGGCUAAGUUUAUCAAUUUCUUGGUGAAUUCUAUACGGAUUCGGGAUCAAAAUUUAUGCCAACAAGCGUGGAAUGCUAUCGCUGAAGAGACAAACAAGAUAAAAGUGGAGACAACUGUUGUUAAAGAAACCACGAGCAAUGGAGCGAAUUUGAAAGAAGAAAUAGAGGGGAAGGAAACGGAAGCUACACCAACGGCUAAUGGAACAAAUGGAGAUGCGGAUGAUGAAGAGAAUGAGGCAAAAACGGGAAAUUCGACGAAUUCCCAGGCUGGUUCAUUGAAAUGGAAGAAGGCAAUUAAACGAAAAGUGCGCGAUGCUGGCGGGCAGAUCAAACUCAAAAAGUUGCGCAAAGCUAUGCACGAGGACUUUAUGAAAGCGGGCGACUCGGAAAUUGACUUUGAUAGUACUUUUGAUGAGAAAUUGCAAAAGGCUGGAGUCCGGAUCGAGGGGAAAAUUGUUUUACUGACGGCA